AGGUGGAUACUGAUACAGUACCUCCACAGAAAUAAGGCCACCAGUGUUAGCCUGAGAAGUGAAGAACUAAACUCUUUAAUUAAAAGCAGGAUUAAGAUGGCUGUUGUGCCACCUGAGCUUACAUCACACAGUCACAUGAAGCAAGGGGGAAGAUGUUCAAAUUGGAACUGAGACAGGACAAUGUUCUGCCAUGACAACAGUUUUAUGUAAAAGGUAACACAACACUUUUUCUGUAGUUUCAGUGAUGUCAGUGGUGCUACUUGCUGGUUAAGAAGGUACUCAAUAUGGCUUCAAUACACAACACCUGAAUUUAGUCACACUUUCUUUGUUGGGUAUUUUUUUCUACUCUCUGCAUACAUCUGGUGUGUAAGGUUAAUUAAAGAGAGAGCUGCUCCUAACAACGAUGAAGCAGGCAACCUCUGCUGUAAUCUGCUUUGUAUUUUGAGAUUAUUAAGGAAGGAGCUCCAGGGAAGAGUCUGACAGAAGGAUACCCUCAGGAAAUAGCUUGACUGACUGCAGCAAUACAAAAGACUUUCAACAGUACUUGUGAAGACUUCUGUGGUAGUAGGAUGAAAAGAACCAAGUAUUAACAACAAACAUCUGGCUACAAAUGUACUGGACAGAUCAUUAUCUACAGUGGAAUGUGUCUGAAUACCCAGGAGUGAAGAAUGUUCGUUUUCCUGAUGGGCUGAUCUGGAAGCCAGAUAUUCUUCUCUAUAACAGUGCUGAUGAAAGAUUUGAUGCUACAUUUCACACUAAUGUUCUAGUCAAUUCUUCAGGACAUUGCCAAUAUCUGCCACCAGGUAUAUUUAAAAGCUCAUGCUACAUUGAUGUGCGCUGGUUUCCAUUUGACGUUCAGAAGUGUAACCUCAAGUUUGGCUCCUGGACGUAUGGAGGCUGGUCCUUGGACUUACAGAUGCAAGAAGCAGAUAUAUCUGGCUAUAUUUCAAACGGAGAGUGGGAUCUAGUAGGAGUUCCUGGGAAGAGAACUGAGAGCUUUUACGAAUGUUGCAAAGAACCAUACCCAGAUGUAACAUUCACAGUAACUAUGAGACGUAGGACUCUCUAUUAUGGACUCAAUCUUCUUAUUCCUUGUGUACUGAUAUCGUCACUUGCUUUGUUAGUUUUCCUGCUUCCAGCAGACUCAGGAGAAAAGAUCUCACUAGGUAUAACAGUUUUAUUGUCUCUCACUGUCUUCAUGUUACUAGUGGCUGAAAUUAUGCCAGCAACAUCUGAUUCUGUGCCCUUAAUUGCUCAGUAUUUUGCCAGCACUAUGAUUAUUGUUGGUCUCUCUGUUGUUGUCACCGUUAUUGUUCUACAAUACCAUCAUCAUGAUCCAGAUGGGGGGAAAAUGCCUAAAUGGACAAGAAUCAUCCUUCUCAACUGGUGUGCUUGGUUUCUGAGGAUGAAAAGACCAGGGGAAGAUAAGGUGCGUCCUGCCUGUCAACAUAAACAGCGACGAUGUAGCCUGUCAAGUAUGGACAUGAACACUGUGAGUGGACAGCAAUGCAGUAAUGGGAAUAUGCUGUACAUUGGGUUUAGGGGUUUGGAAGGGGUCCACUGCACACCUACCACUGAUUCAGGGGUGAUCUGUGGAAGAAUGACCUGCUCACCAACAGAUGAAGAAAAUCUGCUGCACAGUGGUCACCCCUCUGAAGGUGACCCAGAUUUGGCUAAGAUCUUGGAAGAGGUGAGGUACAUUGCAAACAGAUUCAGAGAUCAGGAUGAAGAGGAAGCCGUUUGCAAUGAAUGGAAAUUCGCAGCUUCUGUAGUGGAUAGGCUCUGUUUGAUGGCCUUUUCAAUCUUCACAAUCAUUUGUACUAUUGGUAUUUUAAUGUCAGCUCCAAACUUUGUAGAGGCUGUCUCUAAAGAUUUUGCCUAACUACAAUCUGAUUCUCUGAAGUAUGAUAUGUAGCAAAUAAGAGUGUGUUUUACAUUUGGUUACUUGUUUUUAAUGAGUAUAUUGCUUCUCAUUGUCUGCUUUCUUUUGCCCCACUCUCUGGUUCUGAGCUCUUUAUGGAAAAGCAACAGAAUUUCAGAAGGAAAGCCACGGAUUUUGCCCUGGGCUACCUGUGUGCAGCUCUGCCGAGCACUUCUCUGUGGGAGAUGUAAAGUGGCUCAAAGUCCCUUCAGAAUGGCAGGGUGCACCACCAUCUCCUACACAUUUUUGAACUAACUAUUACUAAAUAACAGGUAGGCAAUGCCAGGAAUGUCCCUUCUUCCAGACUCCGUUAUUAAGAUAGAGGGUGGCUCAUCAUAACUAUUUGAAUGAGUGAUCAUAAACACAUCCAAGAGAGGAUUAAAUUCCUCAGACCUUCCAUUGAGGUUGAUGGAAGCUCAACCAGCAGGAAAGGGAGAAACAGUGUGCUUUUCAGUUACUGCAUCUUACUGAGCUCUGGUAUGUAGCCUUCCAGCUCAUUCAUAACCAGUCAGACUUUAACUCCUUUCAUGCAUUUACAUAGAGCAUGUGCGACUUUGUAGAUUCUGAAUGUGUGUGAGGUAACAGAACCCUAAAAGUUAAGAUGAUACAUCAUGUAACUUGUCCUUCUGUGUCUUUCUCGAUUUGACCUAGAAGUUUGGCCUGAAUUCUUAAACAGGCUUCACAGUAAUUUUUGCAGUGUUUACUAUUCUUCCUGCUUCCUAGAAGGACACCCUUUCAAGCAAUGACCUUUUAAACUAUAAAGAAGUGGUGAAAGAUUUAUGAUGUCUCACUUGUUUAAAAAAAAAACACACUUGUCUCUUCUUUUUUAACCAGAUUCUAAUGUGGAAAAAGUUUAUUACUGUCUUGUACAGGCUUAAGCAUAAGUGAAGAAUCUCAAGCAAAAAGAAGCCAUUAAAUCCUGAGAUCAAGGUUUUAAUCUAAAAAUUAAACCUUUGAUCUGUUGUAUGCUUAGCCUUUUAUAGACAUCUUUCUGUUGAGUCAUCAUAAGACAUCUUUACAAGAAAACUGCACCUUUUAUGCCCAGUUUAUCAUAUAAAGGGCACUAAUGAAUAAUAAAACUACGGUGGGUCUGAUAUAAAGUGUAUAAAUAUAUAUUUAUAUAUACACACUGCAUAUAUGCCCAAGGAAAGGUUAAGACUUAAAUACAGAUUCUUGUAACUCUAGACAGACGUUUGCAAAGGCAAAAUUUCAGUUCAUCACUUCAUGCUGUGAUUCUGAAACUCUUCAUCAAAACAUGCUUAGUUUCAUGUGGCUUCAAUGUCUAAAGUAAAAUGGCUGAGCUGAGAAUACCAAACCUUGAAACUCUGUGUGUACAAACCAGCUGAGAAUGAGUCUCUUGCUGACACACCAGUAUUGCUGACCAGUGAUAUAAAUGAUAAAACACGUGGGGAUUACUUCAGCACUGACUACUGUCUUUAUCCUACAGAAUCCCAACAUUUUGGCCGAGGCCUUCAGAGACAAAAAUAGACAUCUGUUGUACUGUCUUUUUACUGUGAAAUAAACUCAAGUUCCUGGUUUAUAUCUUAAGCUGGCUAAAACUAAAGUGAAUGAAAGUUUUAUUCUCCCUAGGUAACAGUAUCCUUUCCAGAGUCUGCUACCCUGAAAGCAAGAGAAUGAAAUGGCAUGUAAGCCAAGCUGAGUCACUUUAGCUACAGUCUAUCACCUGAACAAACACCUUGCUCAAGCACCUUCAAGCCAGAGAAAAGGGCAGGAGGAGUGAAAGAAGGGCAGGAUAUUUCUUACAGUUCAUGCAGUCUGUCUUCCCAAGGAUUCAUUCAGAAUUUCACACUGGGAAGAUGUGAGCAAAGCAUUCAGAUUCUUCUUAAAAACUCAUCUUGAAAGCAUGUCUCAGAGUUAUUUGUGAACAAAGUUACGUUUUCAGGAACAAUUCCUAAGAAUUACCUAUGCAAUAGUUCCUGCAAAUAGGUUCUAGCUUGCAGAUUGCAUAUGAAUAGAAAACUCUGAGUUCACAACCUGAAAUGUAAGUUUUUUCAUUUCUGAGUACCUAAUAUCAUGUAGCAUGUGCUUCUUCUCAGUAAUGUUUCUAGACUAGGCUUCCUGAUGAGAAUGUUGAUCCUUCUGCAAGUAUCCCUAAGUAGCUACACAGGGUGCUCCAUUUAGUCUUUGUAAAGUUUUGGGGUCCUCUUGGGAGAAGAAUUUAAAAAAAAAAUUAAAAAAAAAAAAAGACUUUUGGGGACAACCUUGUACAAUGUGACACAACUCUUGCAAUCAUAAUAUGUGGCACACGUAAUAUAGGAAGCAUGGGAGCACCAGCAUCCAUAUUCAGCAUCUGUGGAAGUUAUCUUGCUAAACAGAGGAGUUCUCUAAAGAAGGAUGUAGAAAGCAAUUUAUAAUUUGACAAUAAGUUCAUCAAUGACAGACACACCUAUGCUUCAAAAGUGGAGAUUGAUAUUUGGCAUAUUGUGAAGUCCUGCCAAACUUGUAAUUCUGUCACAGUUUGCAAUACUGUCAGUGAAUACUGGGUGUUAAAGUAGCUGUUAGACACCAGCAACAUGCCUACACUACUGCCUUUAUCAUUGAUUAAAUUCAUUAAUAUCCACUGAGGGGACAAGUGAAUCCUGAUUUUCCUAUUGUUAACACAACCUGUAAACAUUUGGUAAUGAGGCUAUUAUAAAUUUUCAAUACAACAGUGGCAACUUCUCAGUUAUGCUAUUUUGCAUCCAUAAGUUUUCUAUAACUGAGCUGAGCAAAACUGGUAUGUUUCUUGUCGAAUUUUGUGUGUGUGUGUGUUAAAUAUAUUUGUAUAUGUGCUAAACAGUAUUUUGAUCUAAAUGCUGUGAAAAAAAGUAUUUAUUUACGAUUCUGGGCAUAAAGAUGGAAAUCAAAUCCUGUAUACAGUAUGUGUAUAUAAUAUUAAAGAUUGCAUAUUGAUGGUAAGGAUCUGUUAUAAUCUUAAGAGUCCAGAGAGAGGAUAAGCAAGUGGUUCACCACAUCUAAGCUAUGACAUUAUCUGUCAAGUUCAAAAGCUUACUCUAGAGCUCAGCUGUCAUGUACAAAUACUAUGUGUGAACAAUGUAUAUUACUUUUUCUGGUUUUAUAUUGAAUUGUAUUGAAUAUUGAAAAGACUUUUUAAUAUUAAAAAAAACUAUUUAAGUGUUAAUGCCAAAAAAAGUUCCAAACAUAAAAUUUUAAAAAGUUAGUUUUAAAUACAGAUAAAUUAUUUAAAAGGUAUUUAAAAUACUAAAUUAUUUUAUAUAGAAAUUGAAAAUACUAUGUAAGACUUUUUUUAAAGGUUUCUUUAAAUUCUCUUCACUCUCUCUAGCUGCAGGAUGUAAUCUCAGUUCACCUGUGACAAUUCAACUUUUCACCUUCUCUUCUACAAGAGAAGAAGGUACACCAAAGUCUCAGAUUUUCUUUCUGUUCAUUAUAAUACUUUUUACAUUAAGAAACUGCAUAAGGGGCAUUACAAAGAGACGUUACAUCUGUCAGGUAAUGAUUGUCAUAUAAGUAAUCCAAUACCUUUUCAGUCCAGUACAAAUAAAAGAUUAAGCUCAA